AUUUUCACUGUUAACAUGGAAAUAGUGUUUUUCUCUAAUAAGUUUCCAGAACAUACAUACUUAUCUGUUAAUACUUUAAUCUAUUUUUUUGCUUGAAGUGCUUUUACAUUAAGCAAAAUUUCAUUGCAACUCCUCGCACACCCUAUUUUUGGAAUUUUGGAAUAUAUAUAUUUACUACUCCGCAAUUGCUGUACAAUAUUUUAAUAACAGUCAGUCAUACCAUUUUCUUUUUAUCACUUUGAAUUUGUUUAUUAUGUGUUGUAGACACAAGUCAUUUAUUACUUUACAGCCGACCAUAUAAAAGGACUUAAGAAUUUAGCUACAAAAGAGAAAAGUUAAAUUGUACUUUAUAAAGCUGCAAUUGAAUAAUUGGCAGAUCUACUUAUAUACUUAACCAUAAUUUCUAACAUAUUACGAUUUAUCAGUUUCACAUUAGAUAAUUUGUCUAAUUAUUUAUAUAAUAUUUAUUAUAUUUUUUAAACUCCAUUUCCCUAACAAUUUUUUACUUUUAUAGCCAUCGCUCCUUGAAAUUUGAAAUUCUAAAACUUUGUUCUUAAAUUACGAGGUUCUCUAUUGGUUGCUAAUUUAUUUACCCUCGAGAGUAUAUAUUAUAUAUAUUUUGAAAAAAAUGUGUGUGUUAACUCAAAGUAUUUGAUGUGGUUGCAUAACGAAGGCUCGUAAAUAAUUUUAGUGGCUGCUAAUAUUAGUAGGAGAGCCACUCAGUUAUUGAGUGGUUUACCACUAGUGGAAGGAGUGAAAUUUAUCUCACUUGUAUCGUCAAUUAUUAAUUUAUUGCUUAACUACGUCGCAUAAUAUUUCGAUUACCUAUUUCACUUUCUAAAAAUUUUUGUUUUUUAAUUUAUAGUUAUAUAAUAAAGGUAAUGAAGUCUAAGUGAACAAAGACGUCAAUAGUUUUGUGUUUCGGCAUAAAUGUCCUAGAAUUUUGGUACUUACCAAUACUUUAAAAUAUAACAUUACGCAAAUAUACAUAAAUAUCCGCCAUAUAUUUUUAUUGUACUUCAAUUUUAUAGUCCGUGUGUUGCUUAGUGCGUCUAUUCGAAAACCUGUUAAUCCACUCAUAGGACUUGUUUAUCUAUAUCUACUUACAUCUGAAUUAAUUAAUUUUAUUUUUUAAUUGUGUUUUUUCUAAGUGACUUCUCAUUAAGAUUCUUCGCUUUAAACACCAACGAUUACCUGUAGAUCAUAACAUCACUGCAAUACUACUAAUACAAACAGCACCAAUUACUAUGCAAAUUAAUGCGCUGCCGGCAAAAAAACCCUUUAAUAAUUAGUAUAUAUUUGCAGUUACAAUAUUUAUUUAGAUAAUUUUUAAUGUCUUGGACAUAGACAUACAUAAACACUGGAUUGUUUUAAAGAAAUAGCGCGAGAGCAGCGCUGAAUUUGAACGGCCGAUGUCGGCGCGUGCUUUUUCUCACAGUAAACCGAAAAAAUCCGGUUUUUCAAAGCGGUUACUAUUUACGAGCCAAGUGUUCGUAGUAUUUCACAUUUAGAUAAUUCACUUGUACUCCCUGCGAUUCAUUCUAUAAAACGUAUAGUAUUUAGUUGCGAACAUGGCAUGUGUGUUUGGUAGAUAGCAGCAGCGGCGUUUAGAGUUGUGCCGAACGUCUAAAGCUCUGUGCUUAGAUUAUUAUUGGUUAUUGAUUUCGUUUUGUUUUGAUCGCUGCAUUUCGUACAUUUUUUCAGAGCUAUUUUGAGCUACGCAGGCACGUUCGCUAGACGUUUGGCACACGCAUGCUUUGGUUUCGUACCGGUUCGAACCGGUUGCAGUUUUCGAAGCACAAGCUCGCUUUUUAUCGGUUACUGCUUGAUAAGUUUAUUUAUUGAAUUAAUUUCUAUGCUUCUUGAUUCUUUUACUUUUUAUCCAUGCUGUCGUGGGGUUUUCUCGUUUCCGAUGACGCAUGUAGUCUGUUAUAGGCGCUGUUUUUUUUUUUUUGUGGUAUUUGCAGACUUUGCGUACAAAAUCUAUUUUUAUAAAAGCACAUCGCUUCGUUUUAGUACAAUUGUACGCGGUACGUUUGUUUUUCGGCGAUUGUUUACAAACAAAAUGUAUAUUUUAGUCAACAAAGGUGACGAAGAGCAAAGAAAAAAAGAACAUAUUAAAUAAAGUCGCACGAGUAUGACGUUGCGGCCUGGCAACGGUCGAGAAACGAAUUAUGGUACGAGUACUUUGACCAAUUUUUGCGUACUUCUUUUUGUUGUACUUUAUUUUUCGCUACAUUUAACUUUUGUGCAAAUUUUGACGUGCUUGUUAUUUUGGCUUUGUUUUUUGUUUUUGUACUUAUUUUUGCACGUUUGGGUAUGCGUAGAACUUGUAGUACCAAAACAACAUGAAAUCACGUUCUGUUUUGUGACGAAAUUGGAACAUCUACGCUUGUUUGUUUUGAUUUUAAGCAAUAACAUUUUCAGAAUUCCUUCUCCUUCGGUUACAUAAAGUGAAAUAUGUAUGUUUUUAGCUGUGUACUACCUUUUUAAUAAUCCAUUUAUGUACGUCACAUUCAAAUUUUGUUGUUUUUGUUAUAUGUGAAAUAUAUUUUUAUAUUUCUGACUUUGGCGUCACUAUUUAUUCGUUACGUUUGUCGCCAUUGAUCUUCAGUCACAAGCGUUUUCGCACAACAUUCGGGUUGUUUUGCUAUAUUUAUAGAUAUCUUCGUGUAUGUAAUAUAUUGUUUGCCGCACCAUCGUUUGGCUGCAAAUUUAUUUCAAUUUCAUUUCACAAUGUGUAGCCAUGCAGUUCUAUUAGUAUAGAGCGUUGAGCAAUCACAAAUUUAUGCACAAUUUAAUGGACAGGUACUAAAUUUGCAUUGACGUUAUGAAUUGAAUGCACAUAUUUACAUACAUAUGUUACAUAUAUUGUCAAUACGUACAUAUGUAAAUUAAAAUAACUCAUAUGAAGUUGUGCAAAUCAAAAAAUAAGGAGAUAAGAAAAUUACAACAAAAAAUAUAUAUACAUAUUAUGAAAGUUAUUAAUAAACUAAAAUGAACCAAAGAGUAACAACAAUUUUUGUAUAUUAUAAUGAUAAAUAUAAAAAAUAUCUUAACUAUUUAUAAAUUAUAAAAAAUAAAUAAUAUAUACAAAAAAUGUAUUUUACAUAUAAUAUAAAUACGUAUUUACCAUAUAAAUUACUUAUAAAUUACAAAAACAAAAUAUAAAUUUAAAAAAAAAACAUAACAUACAAAAAAUUUUUUUUUAAAAGAAUGAUGAAAAGAUUUGAAUAAGCAUUUUUCUUUUCUUUGAGCGAUCUUAAAUUUAUCAAAUUAGGUAAAAUUUAAGUGAAUAUAAGAUUAAAUUAAAAAAUAAGUUUAAUGUCUAGAGCUAUUUCAAACAACCUACGCUGACAUUUAUUCUAUAUACUAUUCGUUUGAUACAAAUAUCGGAUUAUUGAUUUUUUUGUCUGAAUGUGUGGUGGCAACCCCGUUCAAAAAGAACUGUAACUACUGGCGGCCUAUGCACAAUAUCUUCAUCUAUUAAACAUAAUUGUAUAAACAUCUUUUAAUAAAUUGUUUGCCUUGUUUGUAAAACUGUAAGCAUUUAAGAUCUCUUCAGUUUUAUACCCAUAUUAUACUCUGUAAAAAAUUUGUUUUAAAACCUCAAGUAUUAACUCUAAAAAUUGUAUAAAACAACUCAGCUUCAUCUAUCGUUGCGCUUUAUAAACUGCGAGCGUGACGGAAUUUUGUCGCGCAACACACUUUUGUUGCAGUAGUACCUAAAGAAGUUACUAAAGAGAACAUUUGAGUCUUUAGCAAAAACCUGUCAAACUCACUAAAUAUACAUGUCAAAGCUCUCUUAAAGCGAGAGCAUUUAGUGACUACCUUCGUAAGAGGAAGCUACAAGUCCGUUCAAGGCUGCCUAUAGCGCACUCGAACCCCUAUUCUUUUCCCAAAAUCAUUGAAUUAAUAAAUUAAACACACUGUAAGUGUGUUUAUAUGUACAUCAGUACAUACAUGUGAAUAAGCUUAUUUAUGUAUUAUGUGUUUGUGUGUGUGUGUGUAUUUUGCACAUGCCGAAAACGUGAUUGCUGCCUACAAAAGUUGGAUGCCACUGGAAAGCAAAUCAAACAGCUGCUUAUUCUUGUCAUUGUUGUUGUUUUAACCUUACUUAUUGUUCUUUAGUUCCAUUGUAAUUUGAAAAAAAAAAAAAACGGAAAAGGGGUGCGGCAGCACAAUACAAAAAAACUUUCAAAGGCAACCAAUUAGUGCAACGUGAUUUGAGCGCGAAAUUAUCGAAAUUUUUUAACUUUAUGAGCAUUUGAAAAUAUUCGUAAAUUUUGUAUUUUUUUUAUUCACUGCAAUCUAAAGCAAUUGACAGUUUGCAGAGCUAAACUUUUAUCGUGAUUCUUAAAUCAUUCUUUGCGGUUGGCGCAUAUAUAUAUGUAUAUUUAACGGUAUAAAACCACAUUAUGUCAGUACGUGUGUGUGUGUGUGUGUAUUUACUGACGUAAAUUGAUAUUCAAGUUCAAUAUUUUCCAUAGUUUAUUAUUUUAUAUACACCACUUAUAUGCAGCGCAUCGCUUUUCACAAUAAUUUCUAUUGUCAAUAAAGAAAAAAUAAACAUUUUUAAUAUACUAGAGCCUUAUGCCGUUUAUUAUGUCACCAUGUUGAGUGCACUAAUGGGUGCACCGUCCCUGGUGGUCUGUCUGGUUCGUGUUGGCGUGAAAAUCUACCAAUGAAAUACAAUUUACACUUUGUAACAUUUUUAAGCCACUGUUAAGUGUAAAUUUUUAAAAAUAAAACGAUUUUUUGGGGAGCCAUUAUUUUUGUCAAACUCAAAACUUUGAUCAGUCCUUCGGAUCUCCUUCCUACCUGUAUUCGUCUAUAGUAAUAAUAUUUUUUUUGUUUAUGGUUUCGAGAUAAUUUUAAGUAGAAACAAUUUUCUCACCGCCAGACAUCUUUUUUUCGAAGAUCCUACUGGAGAUCAACUGUGAUCAAUGUAAUCCAAAUUUUUCAAAAUUAAUCGCCGCUUUUUAAAUUACAUUAAAUUUAUAAAUGUAUAUUAUUUUUUAUUCAAUUACUAAAUAAAAAGACUUCAAAAAACAAAUCAGAACCGUUGAAGGAAGCACUCAGUACACUGAACGUGUUCUCCAGUAAAGUUUUUCUAAAAAACGUGCUUAUUGCUUCAGAUAUUUGUAAAUUUGAAAUUUGUUUCCAACUUGCAUACGCAUAUCACCAAUAAGCGUGUGUGUGCCUCUAUUAUUGCUAUUCAACACAUUGUUGUUGCCCAUUUUAUUAUCACUAGAGCACAUUAGUGACAGCUUGCAGUUUUUUCUUUGUCUGUUCUGUUUGGUCACAAGUUAAUUUAAUAGGUGCACACAAGUAAUCGUUUAACUCAGUGCUGGCAUUGAACGCUGGUCGCAUGACGGCAUUUUGAUUAGCCCACGGAUCUUUUUAUAUCAAAACAGUGAAUUAUUUUUUAUGAAGCAACGAAAUUUUAAUUUCCUCAAAGCCUUUUUGUUACCGUUCAUUUGCAUAUUUCAGUGUUUUUCGAAAUUUGUUGGUAUAUUUUAAGGGAAACGUGUUUUUUUUUUCAAAUUGGAUGAAAUGAUGUUUUUGAGAAGUCAAAUAAUUAAAAAUUCCGUUCUCUGAAACUCUAACUGCUUAAAAAGUGAAGAGAAAUUUUACAAAAAUAUAAAUUUGUAAAACACAUGUUAACAAUUGAAAUAUAAAAUUUAUAAAUUUUCUUAUAAUAGUAAAAAAUUGAUUGUAUUAGAAUUGUAAUAAGUAUUUAUAUUUUAUUAAAACUACAUAUAUUUUAUUAAUAAGUAUGUAUUUGGUUAGCUGAAAAAUAAUUCAAAUUCCCUGCCUAACAUAGUCAUUAAAAAAUCCCUUUAUGAACCACUUCACUGCUUAGUCGGCUUGAGCUCUGCACCUCGGACAAUAAAUUCACAUAUGAAGUAAUAAAAAAGUUAUGGUGAAUUCCAACUAAAAGAGUAUCAGAUUACUUCGGCAUUAUACAUGUAGUUGCAAAUAUAUUUCAUUUAUACCAGUUGUUUGUUCGAUUCGUCACUCUUCGAAAACAAUAAGAAUGUAAUACUGAUUAUUUGGCGUGGUCAUAGGAAGCAGCAAUAGAUAUAUGUAUGUAUGAAUAAUGCAAUAGAAGAGAGUAUAUAAAUACCUCAUUAAUCUGGUAUAGCUGCUUUUAUCUUUAUUUAAUUAUUCCAAUCUGUUUUGUUUCGUAAACCGAAGAAAUCUCUUGAAGAUUGAAUUUUCAGCUAACACUCACUAACAAUCUACUUUCGAUCAGUUGAUUAAGUUUAGUUUUUAUUAAGAUGAGGGAAUGUGAAAUAUGCAGAUUUCUGCUUUGUAAAUGCAUAACCAGGCUGCUUAAAAGAAAUCAAAAAUUGUCAGAAUUGGCUCCCUUUCUAACAAAAUCUAUGACCAGACAAUGAGAGUCCUGAUAUCAUAUUUCUCAUCAUUUGGACUGAUCGUCAAUUACUAGUACUACCUAAAUAUAAUAUUUCUCAAAUUCAUUCAAAUCAUGCUGAUCAGAGAAUGAUUCUGGUCAAGUUAGAUUAUUUGUAAAAUCAUCUAGCCUAGUACUUGGAUUUUACUGUUAUAGUAGCCAAUUUCUAAUCCUGAAAUAUCUUGAAUCGAUAUGCGGUAUUUGAUGGUAGAUUAUUUACACAGUUGAUUGUAAAUGACAACAGGACGGGUUUAUUAGAAAAAAUUUAUUGAACAUAUUUAAUCAAUAAGUCCCUUCUCUAUUUCUUAUUAAGUUAGCCUAAUUUAAUUAAGUAAUUAAUGAUUUUACUUUCAAUUUAUACGUAAAUUUCUCUCUUUCUCUCUCUUUCACUAAUUCUACUGCACUCAUUUAUUGUUGGAAAACGAAUAAAUCUUGCACUCAAAAUCCGUUAAUUAUUUUACUCCAAUUGCAACACUGCAAGUAGGUGCUCUAAAAUAGGCCAUAAACAAAAUCCAUAUAUACAAGUAUCGUGUGGCUUGCGAACGUUUUUUAUAAGCGUACAACGCUUCGACGUGCAACAACUCGUGUAUUUUAUACCGGCUAAGCCUUAAGCCAAAAUAAAAACGACAACGAAUAUAGUAUAUUUUAGACGCAAAACAAAAAUAACAAAAAGCACAACAAAGAAGUCAAGACCAAACGAAAUCAAGAAACCGAAACGACUACGCAUUGCCAAUUUUCGGUGAGGUGUUUGAACUUUUUGGUGUGAACGCGCGACCGGUGUUUAUCGCGCCAAAUAAAAUAACAAAUAGACGACGAAAAAGACACGAAAAGUGAAAAUCAGCCAACAACAACAAGCAAAUAGAAAUCUAAACGCAGGAUGCCACCAAAACCGGCUAAAAAGGAGAAUCUUGAGGAUCUCAAACAGGAGUUAGAUAUCGAUUUUCAUAAAGUCACUCCUGAAGAACUGUACCAACGCUUUCAGACGCAUCCAGAGAAUGGUCUGAGUCAUGCCAAAGCCAAGGAGAAUCUUGAACGAGAUGGCCCCAAUGCGCUUACACCACCUAAACAAACACCCGAAUGGGUGAAAUUCUGUAAGAAUUUGUUCGGCGGUUUCGCCAUGUUGCUGUGGAUCGGUGCUAUACUUUGCUUCGUUGCCUACUCCAUUCUGGCCAGUACAAGCGAAGAGCCCUCAGACGAUAACUUGUAUCUGGGUAUCGUACUUUCGGCUGUAGUCAUAGUUACCGGUAUUUUCUCAUACUAUCAGGAAUCGAAAAGUUCAAAGAUCAUGGAAUCGUUCAAAAACAUGGUGCCCCAAUUCGCUACUGUUAUUCGUGAAGGUGAGAAGCUUACCUUACGCGCUGAAGACUUGGUGUUGGGUGAUGUGGUUGAAGUGAAGUUCGGUGAUCGUAUACCUGCUGAUAUACGUAUCAUUGAGGCGCGCACCUUCAAAGUGGACAACUCAUCGUUGACUGGUGAAUCUGAGCCACAGUCACGUGGACCUGAAUUCACACACGAAAAUCCAUUGGAAACUAAGAACUUGGCUUUCUUUUCUACCAACGCCGUCGAGGGUACUGCCAAGGGUGUUGUCAUCAGUUGUGGUGAUCAUACUGUAAUGGGUCGUAUUGCUGGUUUGGCUUCGGGUUUGGAUACUGGCGAGACACCAAUCGCAAAGGAAAUUCAUCAUUUCAUUCACUUGAUUACUGGUGUCGCCGUAUUCUUGGGCGUGACAUUCUUCGUUAUCGCUUUCAUCCUAGGUUACCAUUGGUUGGAUGCUGUUAUCUUCUUGAUUGGUAUUAUUGUAGCGAACGUGCCAGAAGGUCUGCUGGCCACUGUAACUGUAUGUCUGACAUUGACUGCCAAGCGUAUGGCUUCAAAGAAUUGUUUGGUAAAGAAUUUGGAAGCUGUGGAAACAUUGGGAUCCACCUCGACCAUUUGCUCCGAUAAGACCGGCACCCUCACCCAAAAUCGUAUGACCGUCGCUCACAUGUGGUUUGACAAUCAAAUCAUCGAGGCCGAUACAACUGAAGAUCAGUCGGGUGUGCAAUACGAUAGAACCAGCCCUGGCUUCAAGGCGCUCUCUCGCAUUGCUACCCUCUGUAAUCGUGCCGAAUUCAAAGGCGGUCAAGAAGGUGUACCAAUUUUGAAGAAGGAAGUCAGCGGUGAUGCCUCCGAAGCGGCGCUGCUUAAAUGCAUGGAAUUGGCGCUGGGCGAUGUUAUGAAUAUUCGCAAACGUAACCGCAAAAUCGCUGAAAUUCCAUUCAAUUCGACUAACAAAUAUCAAGUGUCCAUUCAUGAAACUGAAGAUCCCAGUGAUCCACGCUAUUUGCUUGUCAUGAAGGGUGCACCCGAACGUAUAUUGGAGCGUUGCUCGACCAUUUUCAUUAACGGCAAAGAAAAGGUAUUGGACGAAGAGAUGAAGGAAGCUUUCAAUAAUGCCUAUAUGGAACUUGGUGGUUUGGGUGAGCGUGUGCUCGGUUUCUGCGACUUUAUGCUGCCCUCUGAUAAAUACCCAACUGGCUUUAAAUUCAACACUGAUGAUGUUAAUUUCCCCAUCGAUAAUUUGCGUUUCGUCGGCUUAAUGUCCAUGAUUGAUCCACCACGUGCUGCUGUACCCGAUGCCGUCGCCAAGUGCCGUUCAGCCGGUAUUAAGGUUAUUAUGGUUACUGGUGAUCAUCCAAUCACAGCUAAGGCUAUUGCCAAAUCGGUGGGUAUCAUUUCGGAGGGUAAUGAAACUGUUGAGGAUAUCGCACAGCGCUUGAACAUCCCUGUCUCGGAAGUUAACCCACGUGAGGCCAAGGCAGCUGUUGUGCAUGGUGCUGAAUUACGUGAUGUUACACCCGAACAGUUGGAUGAUAUUCUGCGCUAUCACACUGAGAUCGUGUUCGCACGUACCUCGCCUCAACAGAAACUGAUUAUUGUAGAAGGUUGCCAACGUAUGGGCGCUAUUGUGGCUGUGACCGGUGAUGGUGUUAACGAUUCACCAGCGUUAAAGAAAGCCGAUAUCGGUGUUGCUAUGGGUAUUGCCGGCUCUGAUGUAUCUAAGCAGGCUGCUGACAUGAUUUUGCUUGAUGACAACUUCGCUUCGAUUGUGACAGGUGUGGAAGAAGGUCGCUUGAUUUUCGAUAACUUGAAAAAAUCCAUUGCCUACACACUCACCUCCAACAUUCCCGAAAUCUCACCAUUCUUGGCAUUCAUCCUAUGCGACAUACCACUGCCACUGGGUACCGUUACCAUUUUGUGCAUCGAUUUGGGAACCGACAUGGUGCCUGCCAUUUCCUUGGCUUAUGAAGCUGCUGAGGCCGAUAUUAUGAAGCGUCCACCACGUGAUCCAUUCAACGAUAAAUUAGUCAAUUCAAGAUUGAUUUCGAUGGCCUAUGGUCAAAUUGGUAUGAUCCAAGCUGCUGCCGGUUUCUUCGUGUACUUCGUCAUUAUGGCUGAAAACGGUUUCUUGCCGAUGAAAUUGUUCGGCAUACGUAAGAUGUGGGACUCAAAGGCUGUCAACGAUUUAACCGAUUCAUACGGACAAGAAUGGACCUACCGCGAUCGCAAGACACUCGAGUACACUUGCCACACCGCUUUCUUCGUAUCAAUUGUUGUUGUACAAUGGGCGGAUUUGAUCAUCUGUAAGACACGACGAAACUCCGUCUUCCAGCAGGGCAUGCGAAAUUGGGCAUUGAACUUCGGUUUGGUGUUCGAGACAGUGUUGGCGGCCUUCCUGUCGUACUGCCCCGGCAUGGACAAGGGUCUGCGCAUGUAUCCACUGAAAUUCGUUUGGUGGUUACCAGCCAUUCCAUUUAUGUUGGCCAUUUUCAUCUAUGAUGAAAUUCGUCGAUUCUACUUGCGCCGCAAUCCUGGCGGUUGGUUGGAACAGGAGACGUACUAUUAAGCAGCAUUAUGUUCAAUACACAACAACAACAGCAACAUAAUAGCAAACGCAUUUGUAAACAUAGCAUGUACUACGACAACAGCAACAAUAGCAACAACAAUAACAGCAAAUGCGAAAUCAUCAUAUUUGAAUUUUACGAAACAAGUGCGAAGAGUAAUGAGCGCGCAGUGGUCGCGAUGGCAGCAUAACAUAAGCAACAUCUACAACAACAACGACGAUGGCAGCAGCAACAAUUAGAGAAAAUGUUGUAUGCUGUUACUGAUAGAUCUGCCGUAAUUGUGCAAAAGUAGCAACAAUUGCAACAACAAAUAUAAUAUAGAAAUGCAUGCAAGCAGCGAAUAUAUAAAGCGACCAUCAUCACCACCACCACCACAACAACAACAACAAGCAGAAUUAUUUUUUUAAUUUUAAUUAUUUAAUAAUAAAAAAGAUAAUUAUUUAAACGAUUAAGUAAAGUUAAAUUAUAAAUUAAAUAAUGGUAAUAAUAUGAAACAAAAAAAAAUAAAAUAAAAAAAAAUAUUUAAAUAAAAAAGCAAACAAAAAAAGUAAAACGAAAACCCAGCCACACAUUACACAAUAAAUAGUAGUUGUUUUUUGUAAGAAACUCUUGACGAGCAGCCUCUUAGCAAGGAAAUUAACCCAAAAACAAAAGCAAACUCCAAAAAACAAAGUGAGAGAAACAACUCGCUACAACAAAACGUUCCGUAGUCAUGUGACUAGCAGUGAGUGCUUGACGAGAGUGACCGAAAAUCUAGAUGUGUCUGUUGUUAGUUAGUCGACGGUUAGUAGGCGCAGACAGUUGGAGUUUUUGAAGAAAGCACUUUCAGUUUCGGUCAUAUAUUUCUAGAGACGCUUAACGACCGCAAAUCCGUUAGCUAAGUGAAUUCUAAAACAAUUUGAUAAACAAGAAAAACUUAGUUGAAUUUUUUCAGAAUUUAAAUAUGUAGGAAGUAUAGGAAAAGAGAUAAAUAGAUAAUUAUAUAACUACAGAAACAUAUGACAAAAACUAAACGAUAGCUAAAAAAUAAAUAAGCAUUAAUACAAAAUUAUAAAAAAGAUUAAUAAAGAAGUGGCAUGCAAGUAAGUGUUUAUGUAUAUACAUAUAUCCUUGAUAAUAACGCAAGCAAAAGCAGUAAGAAAUCUUUAUUAACGCAAUUCACUACCACUAGCAAAAUAAAUGGAAAUCAAAUACACCACCUUAGAAGCUACACAGUAAACAAAACUAUGCCCCAACAAACCCAACGCUGGUGUAAGAAAUUAGAUGACAAAAAACAAAAUGCAUUAAGAGAGGUACCAUAAUUUUUGUUUUUGUUUUUAAAGCAGUUAAAGUGUGGAAGCUGCUGAAAAAUAUUUAUAAAUAUUUGUGUAAAGAAAUAUAUAUGCAUAUAGAGGAGUAUACACACAACACAACACAUAAGCACACAAACACUCGAUUGGUUAAAAAUAAGGUCUGAAACCGUACUGGCGGUGCAUGGAAACUCUCACCAAAACUGGCAACACUUUAAAAGCUGCGUAGGAAACUAAAACUAAUUUGUGGUUGGAAACUAAGUAUAUAAAAUGAAAUUCAUACUCUUAAAAAACAUGUAAACUGCCACUGCUCUUGUGUGCACACACACACACACCAUUUAAAAACCAGUAUUUUUGGUCGAAUUGUUGUGCAUACAAACACACAUACACACGUCCACACAAACUUAUACAUAAACAAACUAAAA